AGUCAUUCGCAUUUGAUCGGCUUACCAAGUAUUUCUUUGCUUUUAAGAAAAAUACCGAGAUGAAUUUCGCUAAGAUCUUUUUCUUUGUCUUCGCCUGCUUUUUGGCACUCAGUACAGUAUCGGCGGCACCCAGCCCUAAAUGGAAGAUUUUCAAGAAAAUUGAAAAAAUCGGUAGAAACGUUCGGAAUGGUCUCAUCAAGGCGGGCCCUGCGAUCCAAGUCGUCGGCCAAGCCACCGCCAUCGCCAAGGGAUAACCGACCUUAACACCUCAGCCAUACCAAUAAAAAUAGCCUAAUUCUUUUCUCUUCAUGCCAUUUCAUAAAAUCUUCUAGUCGUAAGAUUAAAAUGUAUUAUUAAGUAACAAUAAAUCAUAUUUAUUUUUCUAA